UUGAAAGAAAACCAGUCGACCAUAAUACAGAAACAAAAAAAACAAAGGGGAGAGAGGAAAGCGGCAGCGAAGGCGAACAAAGAGGAGACAACACCAGUCGCCGGCGCCGCUUUCACCGUCGGCCGCCUAUUCUUCCGGACUUGCGCGGCCCCUCUCACCCAAACCAGUUUAUUCAUUGGAAUUCUCCGGCUCUGUGAAAUUUUCGGGCUUUUUGGGAUAUAAACUCCUGCUCGAAGCCCCUCGCCUCUGCAAUAGUGGUUGUAGGAGCUUCAAAGAGUCGGGUGAAAGCUACAGAUCAAAGCUACUUGUCAUAAAUAAUCUGCUUCUAUGGCUACAAAUGAAAAUCUUCCGCCAAAUGUUAUUAAGCAGCUCGCAAAAGAGUUAAAAAAUCUUGAUGAAACACCUCCGGAAGGAAUCAAAGUGGGAGUUAAUGAUGAUGAUUUCACAACCAUAUUUGCCGAUAUAGAUGGCCCUGCUGGGACCCCAUAUGAAAAUGGUGUCUUCCGCAUGAAGUUAAUAUUGUCGAGCGACUUUCCCCAUACCCCUCCAAAAGGUUAUUUCCUUACCAAGAUUUUCCAUCCAAAUAUCGCAAAUAACGGUGAAAUUUGUGUGAACACUUUGAAAAAGGAUUGGAACCCAACUCUGGGAUUGCGACAUGUUCUUUUGGUCAUAAGAUGUUUACUUAUAGAACCUUUUCCGGAAUCUGCCUUGAAUGAGCAAGCUGGCAAAAUGCUACUUGAAAACUACGAGGAGUAUGCAAGGCUCGCUAGACUGUACACAGGAAUUCAUGCCAAGCCAAAAUCCAAGUUAAAGAAUGGAGCUAUUUCUGAGUCAACCACGGCUUUGAAUGUCGACAAGAGGAACACCAGUUCAGCUCAAAAUGCUGAUCAGAAAAAUACAUUAGCAAGUACUGGGGCUCCUCCAAAAAUGUCUAGCAGCAAGGCAACGCGCCUUGAAGAUCAGCCUGCAGGUACUGUUCCGCAAUCAAAUGAGAGCGGAGUUGUUGGAUCUUCGACUACGCUGCCAGCAGCUGCAGUGCCUAUAACGCAAAAGAAAGAUGUUGUGUUGAAGGCCCAAGCAGAGAAAAAGAAGAUUGAUGCGAGAAAGAAGAGUUUGAAAAGAUUAUGAUUACAAAAGUAGACAAGAGUACAUCUUGGCUGUGUUAUUCUGUGGUUUUAGUUCAUUUUUUCUCUCUACCUGCCUUACCCGUUUUACCCCUCGGGAUGUCAAUUGGUCUCCAUAAAAGGGAGGCACCAUAGACAAGUUGUUUUGACUCACUGUAAUGAAUAUGUAUUUGUCUAUUUGGGAGUUUCUUUGUCAAUGGAUGAAAAUUAUUAGGUCCCAA